AAACGGCUGCUUGCAGAUGUCCAGUCGAGUCACGUCUGUAAUUGUCGAUGCUCAGCUUGAAGGCUCGUCGACAUCGCCGUUGAGCCAUCCAAACUUCCUAGCCUGAGUUACACUCGACGAAUCCCUCUAGUUCGGUGCAUUCGGAGACGCGUCGUCUGCAUUCUGGAAGGGGCUUCUACUCGCUCGCCAUCGCAAGCAUUAAUCAUGGCGCCCUCGGAUCCUGCCAGGAAAACGGAUACGUGGUCGGCGUCCACGUACAACGAUACCGCAUCCUUUGUCUACUCGCAAGAGUACACGUUUCCUGUGCUACAGCUGCUCGACGCGAAGCCCGGAGAGAAGAUUAUCGACUUUGGGUGCGGGAGCGGAGAGCUGACGCUGAAGAUCCAAGAGCAUGUCGGCGAUGCAGGAUUGGCAGUUGGGUUUGACAAUAGCCAGAGCAUGAUCGACAAAUGCAAAGCCAACGGCCUGCAGAAUGCAUUCGUCGGCGACGCACAGGAUCUCCACGUCCCAGAAGAGUUGGAAGCAUACGCUCAAGGCGGGUUCGAUGCUGUGUUCUCGAAUGCCGCGCUGCACUGGUGCAAACGCGACCCGAGGGGUGUCCUGGACAGCGCCAGGCGGCUGCUCAGGCCUGGCGGACGAUUUAUUGCCGAGAUGGGUGGUUUUCUGAACUGCAUCGGCGUUCGGACGGCGCUUCACCAGGUGCUCCGUACUCGAGGAUACAACCCAGUCGAGCUGGAUCCGUGGUAUUUCCCUUCUACUGAAGGUUACCAGUCUUUGUUGGAAUCCUGUGGAUUCGAAGUCAAGACCAUAUCCCUCCUUCCACGCGUGACGCGUCUGCCUGGCCCAUUGAUGGACUGGCUGCGUCUGUUUGCCCGCCCAUACUUCAUGGCAGGUAUGAGCGAUCAGGAGGCGGAGGAGAUCAUGUUGGCUACGCAGGAUGUGUGUAGUGUUGACUGCAGAGAUUCUCAGGGAAGGUGGACGAUGAUGUACAUGAGACUGAGAGUUGCUGCUACUAUACAAGCCUGAAUAUAGUGACCCACGCGGAUAGCUCCCUUACGCAUGACGGCAGAAACUAUCGCGGACGGCUGUAACAGUAAUACUACGCUUAUCUUAUCAGAUAGAACCAGC